UGUAUUGUAUUCUAGAUUGUAGUACUGCGGGGUUCGGUACGCGCGCGCGAUAAAUCAGUAUUUCUGUGUUACGUGAAAUUUCGUUUAAUUGCAAAAAUGUCGUUUGGCACGGGUUUCGGUACGACAACUUCAACACCCGCUCCCGCUUUUAGCUUCGGUUCUACGGCCUCCACCACGGCUACACCAGUGAAACCGGGAUUCGGAACACCGUCUUUCGGAUUUAGCACACCGGCGACCACUUCGGCACCGAGUCUAUUUGGUUCGCCUGCGACUCCAGCGACAGGAGGAUUCGGAACCGGUACCGGCUUUGGGACACCGGCGGGUGGUACUGGUUUCGGUACCGCGCCGGCGAGCGGCUUCGGAUCCGCAGCAACGUUCGGUACCAAUCCCACGACCGGGUUCGGAACUACACCAGCGUUCGGUAGCACGCCUGCUUCAUCGGGCACUGCGUUCGGGAAUACGUCGACUUUCGGCAGCGCGCCGACGUCCACAACCGGUGGGUUCGGCGGGUUCGGAACUACGACUACGACGUCUUCGUUAGGAUUUGGUGGUUUUAGCGGAUUCGGAUCGACUGCUACGACCACGUCGGCACCCUCGUUUUUCGGAGGAUUCGGUACCGCGAGUACGACUCCUGCGUUCGGUACGGGAUCUACCGGUUUCGGUGCUUUCGGAGCGAAGCCGACGACUACGACUACGAGCACCGGAUUUGGCGGUUUCGGUACCGGCACAGGAUUCGCAGGCUUUGGCACUGGUUUAACGCAACCGCAGCAACCGUUUCAGCAGCAACAGCCUCCGCAACAGCAGCAGGCAGUAAAUACCUUAUCCGAAGCGUUAUACAAUGCCGUGUUCAAUUGUCAAUUGUACAACGACGAACGCGAUAAUAUCAUUGCCAAGUGGAAUCUGAUACAAGCUCUGUGGGGCACAGGGAAGGCGUAUUACUCGAUGAACGCGCCAGCCAUCGAACUUAAUCAAGAGAAUCCACUCUGUAGAUUCAAAGCUAUCGGGUACAGUCGGAUGCCUGAAGCCGACAAUAACGAUGGAUUGGUCGUUCUUUGUUUCAACAAGAAAAAGAAGGACGUGAAGGAGGGCGAAGCACAGCUGAUCGGCUUUAUAAACAACGUUUUGGGGAACAAGCCUAACUUAACGCUCACGAUAGACAACGUGACAGAAACCGGAGAAGAGAAGAGUCAAGUAACGAUUUUCGUUACCGAGAAAGGAAUUACCGGAGCUCCGAGAAGAAUUCCUGCCAACGAGUUGGUCGCUUACUUGUCCCAGCCGAUGCAGAAACAACAAUUGGUCCAAAACGGUGUCGAAGAUAUGUUGGCUUUGGUCAAGCUGGAGCCUGCGCAGCUCAAGGAGUACUUGGACAACCCGCCUUGUUCGAUCGAUCCACGAUUGUGGAAACAGGCUCAGCUCGAUAAUCCGAAUCCAGAGCUGUACAUACCAGUGCCGAUGAUAGGUUUUCAACAAGUUAAGCACCGACUUAAAUGCCAAGAGGAGGAAACUUCGAGGUAUCGAAGUUUUUUGGACAUGGCGGCUGAGGAGAUACAAAGAUUGCAGAGACAGCACACGGCGAUACAAGCCAGGGUGAAAGAACACCGGCGAACAUUGUUAGAACUUCAGCACAGGGUCCUUCAGGUAUUAGUACGACAAGAAAUUACUCGUAAAGUCGGGUUGUCUCUUCAACCGGAUGAGGAAGUUUUAACUCGAAGAUUCGAAGCCAUGCAUUCACAAAUUAGCGCUCCGACCCAAUUCAAGGGUAGAAUUAGCGAAAUGCUUUCUCAAUUGAGGAUGAGAAAUCAUGCAGAUACUCAAAAUCAAGAGAGGUACGCGAUGGAUCCCAUAGCCCAGGACGACAUAAAGACGUACCUUACGAUGGAGCAGCAAGGCAUGGCGCAGCUUAUCGCGACGAUACAUUCCGACCUAGAAAGCUUGAAGAUCAUUAAAGAUGGCAUGUCCGAGUUGCUGAUAAGUCAAAAUAUAUCGUGAAACUUAUAUUUAGAUAGUAACGCGAAUUGGCUGCGUAUUUUUAUCAACGCGAUAUUGCGACAAUACAGUUAUUAAUAUCAUUAUCAUCGCCGAAAAUAAGAUCGUGAGAGAGUCGCGAAAAAAUCGAAAACGACAAAGAAAAUGUUGGGACGAAUUGUGGAAAGAAUUCUCUCGCCUCUUUCCCUUAUUGAUCGCUUCCAUAUUCAUUUCGAAACCGAUAAGCAUGAUAAAUAUCUGAUCUUUUCUAUUCCGAAUAAUCUAUCGCGAAUCCAAUACUUUAAUUUCCCUUGAGAUAUUCGUUCCCAAUGAUCGUAAUUGUCGUUGUGUCAGAUAUCGGUAGCGCAUCGAUCCGUAAGCGUUUGAUACGAGUUCGAAAAACAAAGUUUUUCAGAUACGAAUGCGUACCGAAUACCAAUACUUAAUAUAUUCUUUUAAUAAUGUUUUCAAAACGUACGUUUAUCUGAUAUCGCUCCGUGUAUCGAGCGGGAGGAACUUGUUACGAUGCUAAAGAAAGAACAUUUUUUUACAUAAA